GGAGAAGCUCCUUGUUGGCUACGAAACAACAAACGAAGAAGAAGUGAACCGGAAGUUUACUUCAGGUGUCUUCUCCCAGCAACAAAACAGGACUGCUAGCGUUAACUGUUAGCUGUCUAGGAUCAGCAGAUUACUGGUUUAAAUCAAAUAGUCAUAAUGGCUGAAGUAGAGGAAACACUGAAGAGGAUUCAGACUCAGAAGGGAGUACAGGGAAUUAUCAUCGUCAAUUCCGAAGGAAUUCCCAUCAAGACGACUCUGGACAACUCCAGCACUGUGCAGUAUGCAGGACUGAUCCACCAGCUGGUAAUGAAGGCCAGAAGCACUGUAAGAGACAUUGACCCCCAGAAUGACCUCACCUUCCUGCGAGUCCGCUCUAAGAAGAAUGAGAUCAUGAUUGCUCCAGAUAAGGACUACUUCUUGAUCGUCAUACAGAACCCAUCAGACUGAAUCUGCUGUAGACUCACUAACUUGUCUUUUAUAUUUAAAAAACGCCAAAUUUUUGUCUCGCUAAAUCUGAAGAACCCGUUUAACCGAAACUUGAUAUGCACUUGCUGUGUAAAGACAUGAAGACAGGGCAACAAAAGGCAUGAAUCAUAUAACAGUCACUUUGCAGGCAAAUUACUUAUUUUUCCAUAUUUUAGCAUUCCAAUUCUGAUUGGGUACAUUUCCUUGAGUUAUUUUCAUAACUGUUGCAGGAGUAAUACAGAACAGUUCAAAUGUCUGUGGCAGAGGUACUGGACUUUACUGGACAUUUGUCUACUUAGUGUACAAUAUGCAAGAGACCACAACUCAUUGGAAGGUUUGAAGAUGUCCAUUCACAGACUUGUUAUGUAUCAUUUUGUUGGAAAUACAGUAUUUCAGUGAUUUACAAAGCAAACACUGCUACUUCCAAUUCCCUUUUUGUUGAUCAUUUGUAACAAAUUAAACAAGUAUAAAUGAUUUGUGUAUUGUUUUGUGUUAUACAUUAUGUAUGCAUUUAGUUUGAGAGGUGUAACAAACUCGUAACACUAGAGUAAAAUGUAGUAUAUAAAAAAACUCAAUGUUAUGUUUUGGAUGUCUCUGAGGUGAAUGUUAUUAAAGAAUAACAUCUGUUGCAUGUCCCUAAACAACAUGCGUAGUUGCAUCACAUCUUGUCAUUCGUACACAAUAAAAGGUAUUGAAUGUGUUGUA